AUGGUCCUUGAGAUGCAAGCGCCGUGUCUGAAAGUCCCUGAGCUCACCGUGGUCCCUGAGCUCACCGUGGUCCCUGAGCUCACCGUGGUCCCUGAGCUCACCGUGGUCCCUGAGCUCACCGUGGUCCCUGAGCUCAUCGUGGUCCCUGAGCUCACCGUGGUCCCUGAGCUCACUGUGGUCCCUGAGCUCACCGUGGUCCCCGAGCUCACCGUGGUCCCUGAGCUCACCGUGGUCCCUGAGCUCACUGUGGUCCCUGAGCUCACUGUGGUCCCUGAGCUCACCGUGGUCCCUCUGGUCCCUGUGCUCACUGUGGUCCCUGAGCUCACUGUGGUCCCUGAGCUCACCGUGGUCCCUGAGCUCACCGUGGUCCCUCUGGUCCCUGUGCUCACUGUGGUCCCUGUGUUCCAGAAUAAUGCCAUGAAAAUAAGGACUUAA